AGGGGGCUCCUGCGGAGCACUCGGCGAUGCUCGCGAAGCCCAGGGAGGCUCCCCACCGUUCUCAGAGCGCUCGCUGAACCGAGUAACGGAGUUCAUGCCCGGGGCUGCCACGAGUCCUUUACGAAGGGACGGUCCUCAGUCUGCACGUCGCUCGCUCUGACGGAUCUGAGCGGUCACCACUGUGACAAAGAACUCCGAAAUUCACCCCCCGGGGCUCGACACUGAAACAGGAGGCUAGAUGAAGUUAAUUGCAGGAGAGCAGAAACCACUGAUUGUCAUGGAGUUUCUGAAGCAAGCUGUGCAGUGCCUGAGGCCCAACACAAUUGGUGAAGUCUAGCAGCUGGAGACAUUUUUAUGUCUUCACACAGCUCUAGGAAUAGUCACAUAGGUCAUCAGCAGGAGAAGAAUGUGAACCUGAAACUUCACAUGGAGCAAAAAUUUGAGAACUGGAAGGAGAGAUUGAUGAAAGGUCAGCAUGUAGAAAGCAGAGGUAUACUUAGGCAAGAUGGGUAUAAGCAACAACUGUCUCUUGGAGCUGAGCAAGAAUGGAUUCUAGAACAGGGUAAAAUGCAAGCAGAACUAAACUGGCAGCACCUCUGUGAGAAUGCUGAACAUAAUCGGUAUCAGAAAUCAGAGGAUCUAACACAAAGCCUGUUUUCCUCAAGACAGGAGAUAUUUCAGUAUGAUGAUAAAACUUCUCUGUGCAAAGAUAUUCCUACCUUGGAAAUAAAAAAGCUGCAGAAGCAGAAUGCCAGCCUUCGGGCUGCUAUUGCACAAAUGAGGAAAGAAAUGGAGAGUCUUGAUGAACAGAUGUUGUCUUCUCUUCCUCUGACAGAAAACAGACAGCUUGUAGAGCAAGGUUCAGUGAGCACAAACAAAAUUUCAACUGGAACCACUCUGAGCAACAUCAAAGUCAGCUCAAUUGAGCUGGACUGUAUAGUAAACCCAGACACAGAAAAGGGGCCAGAACCCAAAGUUCUUGAAGAAAAGAUAGUAGAUCUUGGACAACAGUUGCCUGAUGUAGGUCCUGGUGUUGAGCUUCAAUAUGGUGUCAAACAUGCUCUACAGGGAAUGCAAAAUAAACUGAAGGAAGCAGCAAGAAAAAUCUCAAUCCUAAACCAAGAGAAGCGGCAGUUGAUUGAAAUGGGAAACAGACUCAGGGCAGAACUUGGAAUGGUGUUAAAGGAAGGACUUUGGCAUCCUGUCGGCUCUAAACACUGCACAGUUUGUAUUGCCUCUGAUAGUCUGCUUCCAAGAGAACUUGUGAAAAGAACGCAGUGUCAGCUAUCAGCUCUAAAACAUCUACAGCACAAACUCACAACACAGAAGCUGCAAUAUGCAAGGCAACAGCAUCCCUCGAGGUUCUCUUCUCUAGUUGCCUGCCCUGGCUUAAAGGAAGAAGAAGCUCCAAGCAACUGUGGGGAAGAAAUAGAAUUGCCAUCCUCUGAGGUUCAGCUAGAUUUCUCUAUUGAAAAUCAUGGGCCAGAGCAACAAAAGGCAAAUGCAUCCUCAAAGACUGUUCAAAGUCAGCCGCUCAGGCAGAGUCCUAGUCAAGUCCAGCAGGUCCAGCUUUCUUCAUCUAGAGCAUAUAAAUUCUGUCAAGGUGUUUGGCAAACUUUAGAAAUGGGAUCAAGCCUUUCUAUUCUCAGUCCUCAAAAGAACAGCAACCAAGUGGAAUUGGAAGUUAUACAUUCAACCAAGCAAUCUGAAGAAUCUCAGCAAAAUGUCAAAGCCAAGGAUAAAUUUGAAGUGCCAGCUGGAGAUUUGACAGUCAGAGGAACAAGGCUAGAAGUUCAGCAGAAGUUAAAAUCCAGGAAUUUAUCUUGUGCUCAUCCAUUAAAACCAAAAAUCUCUUCUAACAUGGCAAAAAUCCGCAACUAUAAUAUUAAAGACUGAUUUCUAUGUUGGCAGCAGGUUCCAGAUCCACAGUUGCUAUUAAUUUACUUUGAAGUCUCUAAAUCAGAUCUAAAUAUUUGCUUCAUUUUUGUAUGUUGAGUUAUUUGCAGCCAGAAGGGAGAACAAAUACCCCGUUUCACACAGUGCCCCCUGAAAUAAAGGGUUAAUGUGUGUACAUUAUGAGAUUACAGUCUUCACUGUUAAUACUGAUUUCUUUUAAUUAUAUGUGUUAAAUUUUGCUUGCAUCAUGGAUUUAGAAAUGCCCAGUUAACACAUAGGUAAAGCCUUGUGCCUUCAGGCAGGGCUUCCAGGUCUUUAGCAAAUUUUUUGUUGAGAAACUGUAGAUGUGAUUUAAGCUUAGCAGUGGGAUGCCUCAACCUACUUGUUUUCUUCUAAUUAACAAUGCAACCGUUAAUCCUGUGCAGCUAUCUUUCUACUUGAAAGUAAAGGGGUUGAAAAGA